UUUUGGGCAACAAAUAUGUAAUACAUAAAUCAUCUUUUUCCUGUCCUCUGGAUGUCACAACUGAAGCCUGAAAUUAUUUGAUGUGAUUUGCUUGUCAUUGAAGAUAAAACAAAUUGUACUCUAAUGGCUUUCUCAGCACAAAAUCAUACAAAUCCAAUGGUAAUCGAAGCGACUGGAUAUGCGCCUUAUAUUAAAGCGAGAGCUCAGCGAGCAGCUGCUGAUGGAAGCAGAAUGGAUUCGAAAGCAAAUCGGCAGGCUCAAGCUAUUCGCGAUUACUGGAAUCGACAGAACUUCCUUGAUGAUAUAUCCGAGUACGCAAAACUGCACGACAGAGAUCUUUUUCGCAAUCAGUGGGAGUGCGCAGCAGAUAAGAAGAGCCUUUAUAGCAGAGUCCAGUGGGAGGUGGAUAAAGUGACAGCCAAAAUGGACGAAGAACUGGAGAGACGUAGAACUAGGUUAAAUGACUUACUGAAAGCUGAAGAGCAGAAACAUUUGCAAGCCAUUGAACCCGUGCCUCAAGUCGUUGAUUCUCAAGCACUUCUCGAACGAUACAAAGAGCUCAAAGUACAGAAAGAAAUGGAAAGGCAAAAAGUCGCAAAGGAGAAAGAAGAGCAACAGUUCAGGCGGAAUUGUGAUGAACUCAGAAACCUUAUGAGUCGGAAAAUACAGAAACUAACUGUUGAAGACGGAAAACGAAUUGCACAAGAAGCAGCAAGAGAGAGGGCAGAGAGAAAUCGUGAAGAAAACAUGUAUGCAGACUUGUGGGUCCAGGACACGGAAGCCAAACGCCAAAGGGAAGAGAAAGAAGAGGAGGUAAAAAAAGCUAGGGACAAGGAGAAUGUAGAUUUUGUGAAAGCACAGAUUCUACAAAAGGCUGUAGACAAACAGAAGGCGCUCCGAGAAAAGGAAAAUGAUGCCAUAUUAAUGGGAGAACAGAAGAGAUUAGCUGAUCUUGAAGAGGCAUACGAGAAGGAGCGCCGGCGACGGAAGCAAGAAGAAACUCGACGCGAUUUGAGCGAAUGUCUGAGGGCAAAAUUAAAGCGGAAGACAAAAGAAGUUCAAGACGAUCUUCUGACCGAUCUCUUCUUCCUGAGGCAGAUCAUGGAUGACGAGGAAGAAGCUAGAAAGAAUGAAAAGAAAAAGGCACUUAUGAAAGAACAGCAAGCAUAUCUACAGUACCUUCGAGAUCAAAUAAGAAAAGAAGAAGAAUUUGAAAAAGACAUCGAUAAAAUGUAUCAAGAGGAGCUUGAGAAAAUGUGGGCAAAGAGGGAAAAAGAGUGGCAGGCCGAGAAGGAGAAAAGGAGAAAACUCGAACAAGAUAUCAUGAAAGAAGUUAAAGAACAGAUCACAGCCAAUGAGGAGAAGGUAAAGAAAGUGCAGGAAAUGUCGAAAUUAUACGCCCAAGAAGUCUUGAAAGAAGACGAAGAAGAUAAAAAAAGAGAAGAAGAAAAACUGAGACUAAUCAGAGAGAAACAUGUAUCUCAUCAGAAGGAUCUUUUGGAACAAAUUCGCACGAAAGAAGAAAAACUGAAAGCUGAGAACCUUCUCCGAGAUAAGGAACUAGAAGCUCUUGCCAGGCAACGGGAAUUGCAAGAAGCUCGGAUUCAGAAACUCUUGAGUGACAUUACCAUCUCCAACGAACAUCCUUAUCGGAUUCAUAGAAGAGAACUGUGCAAGCAGGAAAUUUAGAAUUGUGAUCUUGUAACAAAAAAUUAAUAACAAUCUUCACGGCAAUAAUAAAAUCCUAUAGAAGAAUUCUAUCACCCA